ACACAUUACCGCGGGGAUGAACCGCCAAAGCAAAUUUUCAUUACUUAUUGAAGGUAUCGAGUAUAUAUAUAACGACUGUCCAACCAUGCAUCUACACAAAGAACCAGAACGUUGAUCAAACUACAUAUCAAAGGAAAGAUGAACUCGCUUGUUUUUGCUGUUUUGCUGUUGGUAGUUGUUGCUACAGUUCAAGUUCAUGGUAGUAAAGUAGCAUGUAAAGUUGAAGGUUCACAAGCUAAGUAUUUGAGUGAUAAAACUGCCAAGUCUGAUGACUUUGAAUAUACCACUACAGUAUCACAAGACAACUUAUCCCGAUGCAAGGAAACAUGCUAUAACUACUGCAAAUGGGAGGGACCACGCGGACUCGGGGAUCCAUGGCCAGGCUGUAAGGCUUUUUCAUCCUACGUGAAACCAGGUGGCACGUGUUACUGUUACGGGUGGAAGGAUGUCCCCGAAUGGUACGAUGACAGUGAAUACGAUGGUGGAUAUUGUGAAAACUAAAACUCAAAUAAAGUCAUCUUGAAACGAAUUUCUCGUGAUUA